CUUGAUUCCUUAUGAUAAGCUGCAUAGCAGUUAUGAUGGACAUCCUUACAUCUGAAUAUCUUGCUUGGCAUGCCACGUGGGUAGCCCCGAUUAUUGCUGACUUAAGCAUCGGAGUGUCUACCCCGAGGACCCACCUCGGGGCUUUGCAGCUUUCUUAUUGCUCUUUCAUCGUGGUUAACACUCGAUCAGUCCGAGCUGGAAAUCCAUCUCUGCCUCUUGGACAAGGUCAACUCCCCAACAACCUCCCACCUCAGCUUCCACCUCAGAUUCCAAAUAUGUUCCCUCCUGUUAAUCAUGUAGAAAGAGGAGAUGAAAACCAGCCUCAUAACUCAGCUCACAACUUAACUUUUACCGCCAACCAAGAUGUAAUUGCAGCUCAGCUUGCUACCAUACAACAACAGUUUGGUGUCUUUCAGCUAGUAUUGGCUCAACUUUUGGCUCGAAACAACCCUGGUGAUUCCCUCAUUAAUUUACUCAACCCUGCUCCACAACCCCCAGCUCCACAGCAAGACCCUCAACCAGUUCAGCAUGCUCCUACUCUUAAAAAGUUGGUAGCUGAACAACGAGGUGCCUCACCUCCACACCAUGCUGCUGACUCCAUACCUCAUCCUCUGAACACCAACAUCACACUGGAACCCUAUCCCGCUAGCUUCAAAAUACCUCAACUUGAGACUUAUGAUAGGACGAAGGAUCCCAAUGACCACUUACAUGCUUUCUAUUCGUGUAUGCAAGCUCAGAACGCCUCUGACGCAUUGAUGUGUAAGAUCUUUCCCUCCACUCUCCGAGGUAAUGCUCGAACCUGGUAUUAUAGUCUACCUCCGAGGUCCAUAAGCUCUUAUACAGAAAUGGCAUUUGCUUUUGCCACAAAGUUUUCCAGUAAAAGAUUGAUCAAGAAAACUACUUAUGAGUUGAUGCGAGUUAAACAGAAAGACGGAGAAUCUCUGAAGAAUUAUAUGAGCAGAUUCAAUGAUGCAAUACUUGAGGUUAGCUCCUUCGACCAGGCUAUGGGAAUUGCAGCUGUGAUCUCAGGUCUUAACCAUGAGAGAUUCAGAGACAGUUUGCUCAAGCAUCCUACCACCACCUUUAGCAAGGGGUCACAGCCACAAGAAGCUCGUAAUCCACCAAACAGGCAAGGCGUGGGAUAUCAGCAAGCCCCACCUUCGCUCCCACCACCAGCUCGAAUUAUACAUAUGAUUACAGGAGGCCUGGAAGCAGGAGGGCUGAGCUCUAAACAACGAAAGCUAUAUGUCAGAGAGGUCAAACAUCGAAACCGGGCUCAGAAAAGGAAAUUUGAUGAUGCUGACUGGAAAAAUCAACCCAUUACUUUCACCUCUGCUAAUUUCGACAUAGUUGUUACACCCCACAAUGAUCCUCUGGUUACUUUUGUCAUGAUUAACAACUGUGAGGUACAACGUGUCCUUGUUGACACCAGGAGUGCACCAGACAUCAUGUACUUCCAUUGUUUUGAGAGUCUUGGACUGGAUCCAGCAUUGUUGCAGAGAUACGAUGGUCCCAUCUAUGGUUUCAACAACCAACCAGUUCAGGUAAAAGGGGUUCUUACCCUCUAUGUUGUUUGUGGGAGUGGCCGAACGUAUGUUACCCCUUCCGUUCGGUUUCUAGUUGUCAAGAUGCCGUCCUCUUUCAACGUUGUUAUUGGCAAACCCACGCUGACUGAAAUCCGAGUUAUGGUUUCCCAAUCUCACCUCUGCAUGAAGUUCCCAACUCCUAUGGGGAUAGCAACACUACGAGGCAACCAGGAGAGCAUUGACAAACUGGUUGAAGCGGCUUCAGGUAAUGAGAGAUUAAGUCUCUUGGAUGCAUAUUCUGGGUAUCACCAGGUGCCGAUGGCUUCAGAAGAUGAAGAGAAAACCUCGUUCUAUAUCGAUAAGAAUCUGGAGGUUUAUGUCGAUGAUAUUGUGGUAAAAAGCCUAGAAGUAGAAGACCAUCUAGCUGAUCUCGACGAAACUUUCAACAACCUCAGAAAGAACAAAAUGCGGUUAAACCCAGCUAAAUGCAUUUUCGGCGUGGAGUUUGGGAAAUUUCUAGACUUCAUGGUUUCACGAAGAGGGAUUGAGGUCAAUCCAGAAAAGAUCAGAGCAAUUGCCGAGAUGGAACCGCCGAAGUUAGUGAAAGAUAUACAAAGGUUGACUAGAAGGGUGACUGCUUUUCAUCGGUUCAUAUCGAAGUUAGCAGAUAAGUGCCUGCCAUUUUUCAAGAUUAUGAGGUCAGUCGCCCAGAAAGACGAAUCAGGAAAACAAAAGAAGUUUGAAUGGAAUUAGGAACGCCAAGCUGCAUUUGAAGAGCUUAAGUCUUAUCUUAACUCACCAUCUCUACUAACUAAGGCCAUAGAUGGAGAGAUUAUCUAUUUGUAUCUGGGAAUUUCAAAAGAAGCCAUUAGUUCGGUUAUGGUGAGAAAAGAAGCCAAACAACAGAAACCAAUUUAUUACAUCAGCAGCGUGUUGCAUGGUGUAGAACUGAGGUAUCCUAUUGU